GAUAACAUUAUAUUUAUGAAGUCGGUUUGACAAGAGUGGAUCUUCUAACGCUGAUUAUUAUUCAUUUGAGCAUUUUGUCACACACGUCGACCCCCGGAUGCUCGGCCAUGUGUUGUUGUCUAUUUGACGUGAGGAGGCUAGAGGGAGGCAAGUCCAUGACACCAUGAGUCCUCCAGCUCUGCCCGUAGUCUUCUGCUGUUGUCACAGGAAAAUCUGGCUGCAUUCACCAGCAGGAGGCGAACACAUCUCUAUUUCCUCCCAAUAAUUUACCCGCCUGACUCUAUGGAACGACAAGCAUAAUGAAUAGAUACACCAACAUCAGACAGCUCGGGGAUGGCACCUACGGCUCCGUCAUCCUCGGCCGCAGUCUGGAGUCGGGGGAGCUGGUCGCGAUAAAGAAAAUGAAAAGAAAAUUCUACUCCUGGGAAGAAUGCAUGAACCUCCGUGAAGUCAAGUCCCUAAAGAAACUCAACCAUGCCAAUGUGAUCAAGCUGAAGGAGGUCAUACGAGAGAACGAUCACUUGUACUUUAUAUUUGAGUACAUGAAGGAAAACUUAUAUCAGCUCAUGAAAGACCGGACUGGAUUGUUCCCUGAAUCAGCUGUUAGAAAUAUCAUGUUCCAGAUACUUCAGGGGCUCACGUUUAUUCACAAACACGGGUUUUUUCACAGAGACAUGAAACCGGAGAAUCUCCUGUGCAUGGGCCCAGAGCUGGUGAAAAUAGCCGACUUCGGGCUUGCCAGAGAAAUCCGAUCUCGCCCGCCGUACACCGAUUACGUCUCCACCAGAUGGUACAGAGCUCCAGAGGUUCUCCUCAGAUCCACCUCUUACAGUUCACCCAUAGACCAGUGGGCCGUUGGCUGCAUCAUGGCAGAGCUUUACACCCUCAGGCCUUUCCCUGGCUCCAGUGAAGUAGACACCAUAUUCAAAAUUUGCCAAGUCUUAGGGACACCAAAGAAGAACGAUUGGCCGGAGGGAUACCUGCUUGCCAGUGCUAUGAAUUUCCGGUGGCCUCAGUGCGUCCCCAGUAAUCUGAAGACACUGAUCCCUAAUGCCAGUCCUGAAGCCAUCCACCUGAUGACAGACCUCCUGCAGUGGGACCCCAAGAAGAGACCAGCUUCUGCCAGUUUUUUCCAUUUUUUGUCUUGUCAGGCUCUCAGGUACUCGUACUUCCACGUGGGCCAGGCUUUGGGCACGCCCCAGCAGAUCCUGGAGCAGGGCAGACCUCAGCCGAGCCUCGUGCCGCUGCAGGUUCCUAUACAGCAACAACAGACGCUGCAGCACCCGCCUCUGCUGCUAAAGCCUGUGCUGCCUCUGUCCCAGCCUCCACCUCACAACCAACACUGCCCCCCGUCCAGACCUCUCCAGCAGAUCCAGCCCUCCCCUGUGCCGCCCGCCGCCCAGGCAGCGGCGUACCAACGGCACAUGGAGCUGGUCAGAGAGCAGCAACCGAAGCACAUGCUGAAGCAGGAUCAGACUCAAGGAACACCGCAGAGCCAUCUCCCUUAUAUUGUUGACAAGAGUCUGCAGAGUAAGCAAGCGAGGCAUGAGACAGAGAAUUCCAACCUUCUGAGCUACCAGCUGAAACCUAAAGGAGGACGGAGACGUUGGGGCCACGGCACAGGACACCUCAAAGGCGAAGACUGGGACGACUACGAAGACUCUCAUCUCACAUCCAUCAGUAUUCUCGGGAAGAGCAACUUCUCCAGCGAGAAGUCGCGGCAGCAGGAGGACGCGCUGAGCAGGUAUGGAAACGCUCUGGAUUUCAGUCGACCCAAAGUAAAGGAAGACGCACCUUUGAACCUGAACAAGUCUUCAGCUUACCAAGAGCCAUCAAGAACCGCUUCAGCUAAACAGCAUUACCUGAGGCAGUCGAGAUAUUUACCAGGCAUUAGCACAAAGAAGAACGUGGCCAUAAAUGCCAGUAAAGACUUCACUGGCAGCCAUCUUUGAAACAGCAGUAUCCCCUUUGGAGGGACUCUGCCGAGCAGAGGAGCUCACGGUACAAACACAAUCCCAGGUGGAUACAUGCCAUCGUUUUACAAGAAGGACCUCGGCUCUGCUGGUCACAGAGGGCAGCAGGGUCCUACAAUGGAAUCAACAGCAUCAAAUUAUGCAACAUGGCAGUCCGGUCGGAGUCACAUGAGCACCUCUGCUAGCACAACGAUGGUCAACAAGAGCACCUCCGGCCUGCUGCCUCGCCCUCCGGUUCAGAGCAUCCACGGGCGAACAGACUGGUCUGCCAAAUACGGACACCGCUAGUGCCGUCUCCAUGGAGCCUCGUUACUCUUUCACCUCCAAAGAGUAGGCCUAGUCGUUUUAUAAUCAAACCUGUACAUACAUCUUACACAGCAAUAAUAUCUUCUUCUUUUCUGUUGUUGUAUGUAUUAUGGAUGUUUGUGAGCUGUAAAUUAUCAAAGUGGAUGUGUAAAGCUUGAUGCAACCGGCCAAGAUUUGAGCCUACUUUGCUCCUCUGUGUUUUUUUAUUUUGUAUUUGUG